CCAGCGCUCCCGCCCAGCCCCCACCCCCCGCUGCGCGGGCCAGUGGUCCGCGCAACGGCCGCGGGGGGCGGAUGGCGGCGGUCGAGCGCUGGGCCGCGCCGGCGGCGGAAGGACGCAGCGCGCUCCCGCUGCCCUCGGGCGGUGGCGCCGCCGCCCCGGCCUGCCCGGCGCCGGGGCCGGCGCCGCCGCCCGCGGCGAAGCGGCGGCGGACCUCGGGAGGCCCACACCUGCGCGUGGCCGUCGUUUGCGGCCCCUCGACGGAGGGCCUGCCCCUGGCCGUGGUCCUCGCCGAGCGCGGGCACAGCGUCGUCGUGGUGGACAGCGACGCGGCGAGGCUGGAGUCGCUGCGCGACGGCAGGCUUCCGUUCCUGGAGGCCGGCGGCCCCGAGCUGCUCGCCCGCUGCCUGCGGAGCUGCCCCGAGCGGCUGCAGCUCACCGGCGACAUCCAAGCCGUGAGCGAGUGCGAUGUGAUCGUGGUAACGACCGGGACGCCCGUGGACGAGCACCUCAACCCGCAUUUCAGGGCGGCCGCCGGGCCGUGGAGUCGUGCGUGGGGGGCCUGUGCCGGCACCUGCGCGGGGGCCAGACUCUGGUGCUGCGGGCCGCGCUCUUCCCAGG